AUGCUUGCAGUCAGUGACGGACUGGUGAUGUUUGUGUACAUCAUUUUCGACUACUUCUUUCUCUUAACUCCGCGUCUGGCCCAGGGUAUGACGUUGGCCUACGCUGAACUACUUCUGAUUAAUAUCAUUCUACAAAACCUUUUUCACACAUUUUCUGCCUGGAUUAUUGUGGCUAUUGCUCUGUUCCGUCUCCUAUACAUCAAAACCGGUGUGCGCGCCGUGGUCCAUUGCAGUGUGGCACGAGCGUGGAUAGCCAUUGUGAUUGUGUCCCUAUCCUCGGUAUUACUUAUCAUCCCGUUUAUCUGUGCACAUCAGGUGGCCGAACGCAAACAUCCAACUGCAAAUCACACGAUACUCGGGUUAUGGUCAUUAAAUAACACUGAAUCAAAUCACAAAGAAUCAGUCACCAUCGCGGUGGUUUCCACGGUGACUGGCAGUCACACGACCAAUAUCGCUGCAGAAACACUGUACGAGGUCAACUUUACCGAAAACGAGACAUUGAAGGUUAUUCUAUUUUGGAAUUCGGCGAUUCUCAUCAAAGCAUUGCCUAUCGUGAUCAUUUCUGCGGUCAGUGCGGCGCUUAUCAUCUCAAUUCGCCAGUCGGAAAAACGAUAUCGUUGCUUGCACAAGGAGAAAAAAGACUCGCGCCAGAUUCCAUUCACCUCACCAUCCAGUCAGACAGCCGAGAAUGGGAAAACACAGGUUAGCCGACAGGGGAAACGACAACAGCCUAAAUCAAGCCUACCCAAUGCAUAUUUUUCAAGCGGAAGAAAUGCGAAUCAGACCACGUACAUGCUUCUCACCAUUAUUAUAUUUUACAUUCUUACCUACCUGCCCCAGUCCGCUUUGCUUCUACUGAACCACUUUCUUGGACCUCGCUUCAACGAGUGCGUGUACGAACGUCUGGGCGAUUUCAUGGAUUUUCUCACACUGAUCAACAAUAGCAUCAAUUUCAUUCUCUAUUGCAGCAUGUCCAAACAGUUUCGCGACACAUUCCUCAGUCUGUUUUGUUCCAGUUUGCCCCUGACCAGUGCUCCAAACCAGACCAGGUCGAUCAGUUGA